GGAUUUGCAGCCCGUGGGACAGCUGUGCAGUAUUUACUCCAUCAGCAUAGGAUUGAUAAUCGUCUUGAAGCAGCAGCCCAGAGGCAGGGGGUUGCUAGGAGAGGCCCAGCAUCUGGCUGCUGUGCUCUCUGUGUCUCUGUUCACCCACAAGGAACCGACCUUAGAUCUUUCUGCUCAAUGAGAUUUGUUUGUCCCUAUGAGUGCCACAUGGGCUGUGCUCUCACUCUCGUUUGAUGGAGUGCAAAUGCACAUCUGCAGAGAAGUGCUCACCUCCCUUUGCUGAAGGAGAUGAUAAGGGAUGAGUUUCGGGCAUUGCAGCCUAUCUAUACCAGCAUGCAGGGGCUGGGAAUUGAAAUCAGGGUGAGAAGCCCUCCUGUACUCUGCCUGUUUGUGGGGUUUAAACAACGUCCAAAGGCACUGGAGUUGGAGGAAUGGGGAUGGAUGGUGCCUGUGCCUUUAUCAUGCUGCAAGUCAGGGAGGGGUCCUCCAGCACCGGAAAGAAUUGCAAUGCUAGCACAAGUUCAAAGACUGGAAACUUACACAGCAGUAAAUCUGGGAGAUAAAGCCUGGCUUUUCAGCAGUUUCUCCCUGCACAGUUCCAUGCUGAGCGCAGUUCCUCUGAGCAAACCCACAUUCCAGGAUCAAGGUUGUUUGAUUUUGCUAAUAAGGAAGGGGAGCUCCGCCUAGUGAUGGCUAAUGGCGAGGAGGACCCUGCUGUGUUCACCUCUACUUGUUUGCCCUCCGACCCACGGCUCCUUGCUACAGUGACCAAUGCUUACCUGGGCACACGUGUCUACCGCAACAUCCUUCAUGUCAAUGGUGUGUACAAUGGGGCGGUGGGGGACACACACCGUGCUGACAUCCCCAGCCCAGUCAAUGUGAAGAUGACAGCGCCUGAUGGGGAUGUACCUGUUGAGACCUUCACCUUGAACACACGGACAGGAACCUUCAGCCAUAAGCUUCAGUCAACCAAUUAUACAGCCACACACAGGAUCUAUGCUCACCAUUCCCUCGUCCACCUGAUGGCCUUCAGCAUCACCAUCCGGCGAUCAGCUGGCAUCAGCCAGCCCAUCACUGUGCAGCUCCAGACUCCUUUUGUGCCAAAAAGCCAGGACUUGGACCUGCAGGAAGGACCAGACUUCCAAGGAGCAUAUGCUUUGCUCUCCCUUUCCCCAUUCCUCACCAUCUCCUGCAGCUACGUCUAUGGGCAGACACUGGUUCCUGAGGUGGAGGGGGGACCCCAGCCCACUGUGCAUAUGCUCUGGACUCCUGUGCCGCGAGCUGUCACCUUGCAUGAGGAGGAGCAGGAGCGAAGCUGGGAGUUCCUGACAGCUGUGGCUGAGAGUGAGGAGGAGGCCAAGAGGAGCUACAGCGAAGGGCUGGCACACGUAGCAGCUGGCUCCCUGCACUCCUCCCAUACCCAUGCCUGGGCUGCUCUGUGGAGAGGGUGCUGUGUGGACCUGGAAGGCCCACUGCCUUUGAGACAGGCCCUCUAUGGGUGUCUCUAUUACCUGCUGAGUGCCAUCCCCCCCCAAGAUACACCGGGAUUCCUCUUCCAUGGCAUCAGCCCUGGUGGCUUGUCCAAUGGCACACGGGGCGAGGACUACUGGGGGCACAUCUUCUGGGAUCAGGACACCUGGAUGUUCCCAAACAUCCUGCUGUUUUAUCCCAAAGCUGCCCGAGCCAUCUUGGAGUACCGGAUUCGCACGCUGGAAGGAGCUCUACUCAAUGCACAGGAACAAGGCUAUGAGGGUGCCAAGUUCCCAUGGGAGAGCGCAGCUACUGGUCAGGAGGUCUGUCCUGAGGACAUUUAUGGAGCCCAAGAAAUUCACAUAACCGGGGAUGUUCUGAUGGCCUUUGAGCAGUAUUACUAUACCACACAGGACCAGAAGCUGUUCAGGACUGAUGGAGGCUGGGCGCUGGUGAAUGCCGUGGCUCAAUACUGGUGCAGCAGGAUGGUGUGGAGUGAGGAGGAGCAAUGCUACCACAUCCGAGGUGUCAUGCCCCCAGACGAGUAUCACCACCAGGUUGAUAACUCUGCUUACACCAAUGCCGUGGCACAGAGGAGCUUAAAUUUUGCAGCCAGCAUUGCUCAGGACUUCUUGAUCCCUGUGCCAGAGGAGUGGGUGGAAUGUGCAAAGAAAGUCAAAGUGCCCUUUGAUGCAGUGCGGAAAUAUCACCCUGAGUAUGACGGUUACAGUCCAGGUGAGCCUGUGAAACAAGCUGAUGUUAUCCUGCUGGGCUUCCCCCUGAUGCACCCGAUGCACCCCGAAGUGAGGAGGAAUGACCUGGUGAUGUAUGAGCCCGUCACCACGCUGAGCGGGCCAGCCAUGACCUGGAGCAUGUUUGCAGUGGGCUGGCUGGAGCUGAAGGAAACGCAGAGAGCGCAGUGCCAACUGAACAAGUGUUUCAGCAACAUCACUGAGCCCUUCAAGAUCUGGGUGGAGAACUCAGAUGGGUCAGGAGCUGUGAACUUCUUGACAGGGAUGGGCGGAUUCUUACAGGCUGUCCUCUUUGGUUACACAGGGUUCAGGAUCACAAAGACCAACCUUCGCUUUGACCCUGCAUUUCCCAAUGAUGUCAACAAGUUGAAAGUCACUGGUGUCUCCUACUUGGGCAGCAAGCUGAAGUUCACCAUCACCAAGGAGGAGAUGAGGAUUGCAGCAACUAAGUGUCCCCUUCACCCUCCCCUGGAGGUGGUGCUGGAGGAGUCUGGGCAGUGCUUUCCUCUGCAUGAAGGGCAGAGCAUCUCCUUCCCCACAGCUGCUGGAUGCAUCCGGAGGGCGCCCAGCAAAGGACUUUGAACCUCAUGGGUCCGGGCUUUACAUGAUGGGCAUCAAACCCACCCGUACUGAUGUGUGGACAUCCUGCACCAUCCCCGUAUUGAUAUGAGUGUGCUGAGGCUGCCAAGAGAAUGCCCCGCUCUGUUAAUUGUGAGUGUGAGCAUUGGUUCUGCUGCAGGACUCACAGCACUGGAAAGUGGGAGGAGCACAAACAAAGCUGAGUGCCUGAAAGUGAGUAAUUUAGAUGCAUUUCCUAAACAUCCCCCGUUUGUUUAUUCUUGAAAGUUCUCCAUCUCUACAGCAGUCUCCAGAUGCACAGAGCUGUUUUCAGCUCUGGAUGCCCUGCUCCACUCCUCCUGCUCUCGAGUUUUACAGGGUUUUGGAGGCAGCGUGGACAACAACAAGGCUGAAGCUGGGUGUUAUUCUGGCCCUGUGGGUUCAGGGAUGCAUUCCCUAGCCGUUCGAGCAAGGGGAAGGAAGGAUGCUCCCUGCUCUGCUCUGUAAGCCAACUCCAGGAGUUUAUAAAAAGCCCUGUGACUGCUCAGCAUGUGGAAUCACUUAGGGGAGGCGACAUGGCGGGUCCUCUGCCUUGUAAUUAGAGCUGGCUCUUCAUCAGGCCCUCAUCAGUGGCUGCAGGGUGGGAUGAACGCUAUCCUCUGUUCUCUCGCCCUUUGGUAAGGGACCUAUGGGAUGCUUAUUGAAGGAGAGGGGGAUAAAAUGCUGCUCAUGGUCCCCUAUGAUGUCCAUUCCAUGUGGACGGCUGUUUUUGCCAUUGGAGCAGUACUGCAAAGCACUGGGGAGAUUCAAGCCACAGCCAUGCCGUACGGGUGAGGAUUUUUUCUGACCUUGGAGCCAUGGGGAAAUUCCUUCUGUAGUUAAACGGGAUGUACUGCAGGAUGCAGCAUUCCUGCUAGCUCACAGUCACCACAGGCAGAUCCCCUCUGUUCCUGACUUGGGGACCUAAUCAGGGCUUGUGCUGUGCUGCAAUGAGUUGGUCCACCUGGGAGGGGUCUGCUUGGCCCAAUUGUUGCCUUCCUGAUCCAAGAAGUGUCUCCCAUCCCUACUGUUUCAGGCUGGCACACCCUAAAGCAAUGUGGAUUAAGGCUUCCAGCUAUGAACUGGGACACUCUGAGCGUACAAAACACAUUUGGUUGGACUAGAUGAUCUUGCUGGUCUUACAAACUUUAAUGGUUCUCUGAUUUUAAGAGCUAUAUCAUCUGUUAGCACAGUCCCUUCCCUGUGCAUGCACGCAUACACACACACGCACACAGAGCAGAUUCGAGAUGGGUGAAAUGAUUUAAUGAUUUAAAUAUUAAGCACCAAGGGAGAGAUUAAAAAAAAAACAACACUACCACCAACACCAAAUAACCACACCAAAUAACAUAGCUGCCCCAAGAAGCAUGGGGUUGUGCACGGCAGGGCUGGAUCAGCAGUGCUGCGGAGAGGCUUUUGCCAUCCCCUUGCCCACUGCUCACUUAUCCUCAUCAUCGCUGGUGCUGAACUGGUUGCUGAAGAAGCCCACGGAGUCCUGGGCGAGCUUGGAGAGGUGGAGGACACCGGUGACCACCAAAGCAGUGAGCAGGAUCGGCAGCAGCACGCUGCCAGCUGUGGCCAGCGCAUUGUAGCAGCGGGCUUUGGAGCUGAAGCGCCGAGCAGCUUCCACAUCUCCUGCCACCUUCCGGUCCCGUGCCUGCAAGAGCCGAUAUUGGGGGCAGCAGUGGAUCCCCAUGGGUACUCCUAGGCAUCCUCCUAGUUUCCUCCAGCCUGUCUCUGGUCCCUCUGUCCAGCUGGAGGUGUUGCUUCUGGAGGACAGGUCUGAGUGGAGACACCUCCAGCAUCAUUUCAGGUUGGAUGUUAGGAAAAGCUUUUCCAAAAGAGCAGUGAGGCAGUGGCACAGGCUGCCCGGGGAGGUGGGGGUGUCACCGUCCCGGGGAUGUUUAAGGAACAUGGAGAUGUGGCACUGAGAGGCGCAGUCAGUGAGCACGGUGGGGUUGAGCUUGGGAAUCUUAGAGGUCUUUUCUAACCUUAGUGAUUCUAUAACCCUGAACAUCCCAACUUGGGGCCCAGCCAUGCCUUACCUUGACAGAGAAGGCAAGAGCCACGAAGCCGAGGCAGCAGAAGUUCAUGUAGAUGGUGUUGAAGAUGGACCAGAUGAGGUGGUCACGGGGUGGUGCAGAGGUGACAGUGGUGGGAGAUGAGUCCCGCUUGUGGGAUGUCAUGGGCAGGUAGUCCUCCCGUGGGUAGGAUGUGUCCAUGGCCACAGAGAGGGGCACCCCGCAGCUCUCCGGCUCCACCAGCCUGGCUGCAGGAGUGGGGCUGAGCAGACCCUUUUAUAUCGUCCUUGUCUCCAGCCCAGCCUCAGCUCCUCUAUAUAUAAAUCAGAGAAAUUACAGCCCUUGCCAAGCUGUGGUUGUCAGAAAUGCUUGGCUGGAAGCUAGGAGAAACAAAGUUGGUUUCGUGAGCCUGCCUUCCUUCUGCACCAGGGGCACGGGUGGCUCCAGCCCUGCUGUGGGACAGGGUGGGAACCGAGUGGCUGUCACUCCCAAGGACAUGACACAAGACAGUAUGGAACAGCUCACGGUGCUGGUGCCUCCACCAAGCCCUUCAGGUUGUGUUGUUAGGAAAUCCCUCAUACAGAAGUGUGGUCAGGAUGCCAGAAAAGUGUGAACUGAACUUGGCUGGAGCUUCCCCUGUGCCAAAGCUGCAGUCAUUGAGGAUGCGUUUGUGUCAUCACGUGCCUUUCAAUGCUGCUCAGAGCAAUUGCUUCAAUAAGGGAAUAUCCCUGUUGCUACACAGCCUGAGGUAACGGAACCAAGUGCCCUUAAAAACUCCACGUUUUUCUUUCCCCCAGCCUUACAAGAAUGGAAUAAACAGGAAUUUAAUG